ACCAAUUUUUCGCGAUCUAAAAGGCUAGGGCUCGCUCUGUUAUUGGUUUCUUUCGUUUUAGCUGGGAUCUGAAAUCUCUUCUUGAUCGCCGGUUCUUGUGAUGCUCCCGGAACGAAGGUUUCAAUUCGGUUUGGGAAGUUCACCUUAUAGUCCCACCCACCGACAUUCGAACUCUAUUGGUGGUGAUUAUAUCGUUAUACACCAUACAAACUCCAUAUCAAUUGGAAAGGAUCAAAUUAGUGGUUUGCUAUGAUUUUGGAUAUGACUGUAACCAAGGCAAAUAGGUACCCGGGAAGCUAUUACGGCAAUGCCAUUCAAACAGCUGGUGAGUCUGAGGGUUCGGGUAGCUCAGGACGAAUAGACAUGGAAAUCGCUGCCUCUGAGGCUUCAAGCGCCUUGACGAGGAAGUGUAUAAGUUUGAAUUCUAACAAGAGUGCCGACUUCUUUGUUCCUAAGCAAGUUGUUACCUUGUCAAAUUUGUCACGAUCUGAGAGAAAGAAUCUGUUGCAUAGAUUGAGAAAGAGUCUCGGACAGACUCGAGUGAUUCUGAAGAAAAUUGAAUUGCAGAAGGCUAAUGGUCUUGCAAGGUCUUCUUCCAGCGGCAUUCUUAGCUGUAGCAGUGGACAGAAUGUGCCAAACAUUGGAAAGUCCAAGAAAUCCUCAAUGGUAACUCCUGGCCAGGUUAAAAAUUCGAAUGCUGGAGGUAAGAAAGCUGAAAUGAAUCGGAGUUCUUCUGGAAAGUUUGAAUCAACAAAUCGGACUUCAGCUUCAAGCUCUACAAUUGUGAUGUUGUUGAAACAAUGCGAGGCAUUGUUAAAACGUUUGAUGACUCAUCAGUUUGGAUGGGUAUUUAAUGUCCCGGUUGAUGUAGUGAAGUUGAAUAUUCCGGAUUAUUUUACUGUUAUCAAGCAUCCAAUGGAUUUGGGAACGGUAAAGAGCAAGAUAGCUUCUGGAUCGUACUCAAAUCCCAUGGAGUUUUAUGCUGAUGUGAGACUUACUUUCACAAACGCCAUGACCUACAAUCCUCCAGGAAAUGAUGUCCAUGCUAUGGCUGAUACCCUUAAUAAAUUUUUUGAAGUGCGGUGGAAGGCUAUUGAGAAAAAGCUGCCAAAAGUUCAUUCUGAACCACUACCUGAAAAAUUAGGUUCUGGUGUGGACUUGGAAGUAGCUGAGCCAACCCCCCCUUCAAAAAAGAGGAAAGUUAUUCCUACACAACCCGAGGUAAGACCAGAGCCAGCGAAAAGAGUAAUGAAUGAGGACGAGAAACAUAGGCUAGGCAAGGAAUUAGAAUCUUUGCUGGGUGAGAAUGAGAUGCCUGUACAUAUGAUAGAUUUCUUGAGAGAAAAUAGUUCACAUAGCAAGGACUCUGAAGAGGAUGAGAUUGAGAUUGAUAUAGAUGAUCUCAGUGAUGAUACCUUGUUUACACUGCGUAAGCUUGUUGAUGAUUACUUGGGGGAGAAGCAGAAAGCUCAAUCACAAGCUGAACCUUGUGAAAUAGAGCUUUUGCACGACUCAAGUUUGAGCAAUUCAUCCAUGCAUCAUUACAAAGGAAACGAGCCAGCUGAUGAGGAUGUUGACAUCGGUAGAAAUGACCCCCCUGUCUCCAGCUGUCCUUUGGAAAUAGAGAAGGAUACAGGCCAUGGGAUCAGUAAAUGUAUCAGUUCAGGCAGCUCCAGUGAUUCAGAAUCCAGCUGUCCUUCAGAGAGUGAGUGUGAUGGUGCAAAAGCCUCAACUUUGGUUAAUGCCUCAAAGGUGCCAGAAACAUUGGACUCUGGAGCUGAAUUAGACAAAAUGGCAACUGUUAGUGAUUUACAUGAAAUAAAUCAGUCUGAUAGUUGCUUGGACCAAGUUGAACAACCUCUUGAGCAUAAGCCAGAUUCUGUUGAAUCAGAGAGCCGCCAAGAUGCGGACAGUGCACCAAGUGGGAGGCACGUAUCCCCUGAGAAGCAGUACAGGGCUGCACUAUUGAAAAAUCGUUUUGCUGAUACCAUUUUAAGAGCUCGUGAAAAAACUCUUAAUGAGGGCGACAGGGAUCCUGAGAAAUUGCGGCGGGAGAGGGAGGAACUUGAACAGCAACAGAGAAAAGAAAAAGCACGGUUACAAGCUGAAGCAAAGGCUGCUGAAGAAGCUCGAAGAAGAGCAGAAGCAGAAGCUGCUGCUGAGGCUAAACGGAAGAGGGAACUUGAGAGAGAAGCAGCACGACAGGCAUUACUACAGAUCGAAAAGACUGUUGAAAUUAAUGAGAAUUCCCGGUUUCUAGAAGAUUUGGAAAUGCUUAGGGCUGCCCCUGCAGAGCCGAUACCUAGCUCUGUAGACGAAACUAGCCCAGAUCACUCACAUGAUGGCUUAGGGGGGUUCAAGUUUGGGAGCUCUAAUGCCUUGGAACAACUUGGCUUGUUCAUGAAGGAGGAUCAUGAAGAGGAAGAGGAAGUUGAGGCACCUUGUGCUCCUAGGUCUCUAAAUGAUAUAGAGGAGGGAGAAAUUGAUUAGGUACUAGUGCCUUUUUGUAUUCAUGACUGAAUUGAGAAACAAGAAUAUUAUAUUUGUUACCAAAAGGGGGAAAAGUAAAGAAAAGUAGUACUUGGUUAAUGUUACCAAAAGGGGGCUAAAGUUCUUUCUUGUUCAUUCUGAUGGCGCUUCUAGCGAGACAUGCAGAGAGCUAUCGCAGACGAGUGUAUAUAUAGGUGGUGUAUGGUUAUUCUUCCAGACAGAGCAUUGAAUUGCAGAGAUCUUAGAUGUUGGAACUUGGAAGUACACUACCAUAGUGGAGUGAGUCUUGAGUGUGGCCUUUGCUCUACCAAUAAGUCCAGGGAAGCAGAAUGUGAUAUAUAUAUAUAUAUAUAUAAAUAUACACCCCUCACUCUAUCUAUUCUCUAGGUUGAUUCUAUUACAAAAAUGAUGUUGAGUCAGUGGUGUUUUGUGAUGGCCGAGUGACCUAAUUUGAGCUUGGCGUCAAAAUCAAGUAAAGGAACUGGUAUAUAUCUUACUCUGUUUUUAGUGGUACGUCUAACAUUUGUUAGUCUUUAGUCUUAAGAUGCAAUUAGCAAUUUGUUUUUUCCUAUUUUCUCUGGGGUCAGUUUUAUGUAAAUCGUAGUUCAACUGUAGAGAUUUUGUUGUAGAGCAAGUGCCCCCGAAUAAUAUAUAGACAUUCUAUGUUA